AUGGUCGCACUCCUCGAUCUUCCGGUUGAAAUCAUACUUCUGAUUGCCGGUUCCUUGCUAUGUCAUGAAAAAGUCGAGGGCAGCUUCGUCGGCCCACAGCGCGAUUUGAACUCCCUUCUCCAGACAAACAAACGGCUAUAUAAUCUUUUCCAAGACGAGCUCUACGAACUAAACGUCAGAUACCAAAGACAGACAGCGCUUGCAUUCAGCGCAUACCACGGCAAUAGAACCAUCGCCGAAAAGACUUUAGGCAUCGACAAGUCGAAGCUUUCAUUAUCGAUACCAAGCUGGAGUUGGUCACGGAAUCCAAAUACCACCCACGAGCCAAUAUGCUGGGCUGCCCAGGGUGGCCAGACAGCCAUGAUCCAAUUUCUCCGCGACUCAGGAGCUAAGUUGCAGCCCGAUGUGCUGGAAAUUGGCAGAUGCGAGUGUGAAACAGGGCUUUUGGGCCAAGCGGCAAAGAAUGGUCACUUGCAAACAAUGAAAGAUCUUAUUGCGAUGGGGCUGAAGAUUGAAAGUCGGAGGGAGGUCAAGCACCAAAGACCCGAGAGACGCUAUGUCACGCCGCUGCGCAUGGCAGCUGAAAACGGCCACAAGCAGUGCAUUGAUUUCAUUCUCGAUAAUGGGCCGUAUAGGGAAUUCCAGCGCAAAGACUAUGUGCAUAGAAUCGCCCUGAUUAUCCCGGGGACCGUGAGCCCACCAACAGAAGUGAAACACGACCCAUUCGAGUCUGCAUUAUAUCUUCUCAAACAGAGUCAACUCACCGAAAAGAGAGACUUCUGUCGGUGCAUUGCGGACGCUGCGUUUGCGAUCUACAAAAGCCCCGAUAAACUCAGGGAGACACUCCAAAGACCCGGGAAUUUCGAGCUUUACGCAGAUAUGCUUCUCUACCUGGGAGUAAUGAGUGGGCAUGUGGACCUACUCGAUUUCAUGAUAGAAUUGGGUGUUUCUAUCGAAACACGUUUUCGAGGAGGCCACACCCCGCUAUGUCUGGCAGCACUAGAGGGUGGCCCCGACGUUGCAGCCCGGCUUCUAGAUCUAGGCGCAAAUAUAAAUGCCAGGAACAACAAGGACCAAUCACCAUUCUUUUUGGCAACCCUUUCACGAUCUUUGGGUGUCAUGGAAGUGCUUUUGAGUCACGGCGCUGAUCUCAACGCUACUUCAACCAGAUGCGGAAUCGUCCAGACACCACUUUGGCGAGCGGUGGCUGACCAUGAUCGUCCUUUCACGCGCAGGCGAAAUAUAAAUUCACCCAAACGCGCCGGCCGGCCCUAUACAAACACUCUCGUGGAGUUCCUUUUGGAGAACGGAGCCGAUCCGAACUUUUGUGAUCCGACGUACGGGAUAUCCCCUCUCUGGCUUGCGCUCAAGGCUAGAUCCGACCCGGCAGUCCACGAGGAAAAGGUGCGAGCAUUGCUUGAGCACGGUGCAGAUGUCAAAUUGGCGCAAAGAGGUCGGUCGACUCUGUGGGCUGCUGGACGGAACCAUAGCAGCGAUACUAUCAAGCUACUUCUUGAGCGUGGCGUUGACCCAAAUGACUACGGCAGCGGUUUCAAUGAAACGAAAACUUACCACCGCGGUCUGCCACUCUCGCCUUUGGCGAACUGUAUGAAAUCUGGCCGUUUCGAGGAUGCAGAAGUCCUCCUUGAUUUUGGUGCAGAUCCUCAUGCCUUGCAUUGGAAGAAAGAGACUUGUUUAGUUAAGGCUGCCACCUUCGGGUCGUGUUCUCUUGUCCAGAAAUUACUCGAAAAAGGCGUUGAUGUGAACGAGACCUUUCGCGGUAAGACGGCGUUCGACAUUGCCGUCUGGCGCGGCAAUAAGGAUUUGAUGGCGUUGCUGCUUGGCUGGGGAGCAAAGCCAAUUGCAUCAGCGGGACAUUGGCGUCUUGCGCCAAAGGCCGAGAGCCACAGUGAAAUUAACGAGGAUAAGUGA